UUUUGGGUUAGAUAGAGAAGAUCAGAUUCUUCAUUUGCCAAAGGAACAAAAAAGAUUUAUUGAACUAGUGUUUAAUUUUUGGAUUCUUUUGGGGGUUUGGAGACAAGCCAAGAUGAUUUCUAGGUCGUACACGAAUUUGUUAGACUUGGCAUCGGGGAAUUUCCCUGUCAUGGGAAGAGAGCGUAGGCGGCUUCCUAGGGUAAUGACUGUUCCUGGUAAUGUGUCUGAGUUUGAUGAAGAUCAAGCGUAUAGUGUGUCUUCCGAUAAUCCUUCUUCCGUUUCCUCUGAUCGAAUGAUCAUUGUGGCUAACCGGCUACCGUUGAAGGCAGAGAGACGAAAUGGAAGCUGGAGUUUUAGUUGGGAUCAAGAUUCUCUGUAUUUGCAGCUUAAGGACGGUUUGCCUGAGGAUAUGGAGAUUUUAUAUGUUGGAUCUUUGAGUGUUGAUGUUGAUUCACAUGAACAAGACGAUGUCGCGCAGAUACUGUUGGACAAAUUUAAAUGUGUUCCUACGUUUUUCCCACCUGAUUUGCAAUCAAAGUUUUACGACGGUUUUUGCAAGAGGCAGAUAUGGCCGCUUUUUCACUACAUGCUUCCGUUUUCCGCUGAUCAUGGUGGAAGAUUUGAUAGGUCUCUUUGGGAGGCUUAUGUAGCGACCAAUAAGCUCUUCUUCCAGAAAGUAAUUGAGGUUAUUAACCCAGAUGAUGAUUUUGUCUGGAUUCAUGACUACCAUUUGAUGGUCUUACCAACUUUUCUGAGAAGACGGUUUAACCGGAUAAGAAUGGGAUUUUUCCUUCACAGUCCCUUCCCCUCAUCUGAGAUAUACCGGUCUCUCCCUGUUCGGGAGGAGAUACUUAAGGCGUUACUAAACAGCGACCUUAUUGGCUUUCACACAUUCGAUUAUGCUCGUCACUUCCUUACUUGCUGCAGUCGGAUGUUGGGUCUAGAAUAUCAGUCUAAGAGAGGUUACAUUGGGCUGGAGUAUUACGGGAGGACUGUGGGAAUCAAGAUCAUGCCAGUGGGGAUUAACAUGGGUCGGAUUCAAUCGGUGAUGAGAUAUUCAGAAGAGGAGGGUAAGGUGAUGGAACUCAGAAAUCGUUUCGAAGGUAAGACAGUGUUGCUUGGUAUUGAUGACAUGGAUAUUUUCAAGGGUAUAAACCUGAAGCUUCUAGCAAUGGAACAAAUGCUGAGGCAGCACUCGAAUUGGAGGGGAAGGGCUGUUCUGGUUCAGAUUGUAAAUCCCGCUAGGGGUAAAGGUAUUGAUGUAGAGGAAAUACGUGGUGAAAUCCAAGAAAGCUGCAGGAGGAUCAAUGGAGAGUUUGGGAAACCUGGAUAUCAACCUGUCAUAUAUAUUGAUACUCCGGUGUCGAUCAAUGAAAUAAAUGCUUAUUACCAUAUUGCUGAGUGCGUGGUCGUUACAGCUGUUAGAGAUGGUAUGAACCUUACUCCCUACGAAUAUAUCGUUUGUAGACAGGGUUUGCUUGGGUCUGAAUCAGACUUUAGUGGCCCAAAGAAGAGCAUGUUGGUUGCAUCAGAGUUUAUUGGAUGUUCUCCUUCGCUUAGUGGGGCUAUACGUGUAAACCCAUGGAACGUUGAAGCUACUGGAGAAGCCCUAAAUGAGGCCCUCUCAAUGAGUGAUGCUGAGAAACAGCUGCGACAUGAGAAACAUUUCCGGUAUGUUAGUACUCAUGAUGUAGCUUAUUGGUCAAGAAGUUUCUUGCAAGACCUAGAGAGGAUAUGUGUGGACCAUUUCAAGAAAAGGUGUUGGGGGAUGGGGAUUAGUUUUGGUUUCAGAGUUGUGGCACUCGAUCCCAAUUUUAGAAAGCUUUCAAUACCAUGCAUUGUGUCAGACUACAAAAGGGCGAAAAGCAGAGCUAUACUGUUGGAUUAUGAUGGCACUCUGAUGCCUCAAAACUCCAUCAAUAAAGCUCCAAGCCAGGAAGUUCUUAACUUCUUGGAUGCACUAUGCGAGGACAAGAAGAAUUCAAUUUUCAUUGUCAGCGGAAGAGGGAGGGAAAGUUUAGGCAAGUGGUUCACUCCGUGCAAAAACAUUGGAAUUGCGGCUGAGCAUGGAUACUUCUUGAAGUGGUCAGGCAGUGAAGAAUGGGAGACAUGUGGGCAGAGCUCUGAUUUUGGGUGGAUGCAGAUCGUGGAACCUGUAAUGAAACAGUACACUGAAUCUACUGAUGGCUCUUCCAUUGAAAUCAAAGAGAGCGCUUUGGUUUGGCAAUAUCGGGAUGCGGAUCCAGGCUUUGGUUCGUUACAAGCAAAGGAAAUGCUAGAGCAUCUAGAGAGUGUCCUAGCUAAUGAGCCAGUGGCAGUCAAAAGUGGUCACUACAUCGUAGAAGUCAAGCCUCAGGGGGUGAGCAAAGGAUCCGUGUCAGAAAAGAUAUUUUCAUCAAUGGCCGAAAAGGGGAAACCGGUUGAUUUCGUGCUAUGUAUUGGGGAUGACAGAUCUGAUGAAGACAUGUUUGAAGCAAUUGGUAAUGCGAUGUCGAAAAGGUUACUCUGUGAUAAUGCUCUAGUGUUUGCAUGCACAGUUGGGCAAAAGCCAAGCAAGGCUAAAUACUACUUGGACGAUACUACUGAAGUGACAUGCAUGCUUGAAUCUCUAGCUGAGGCAUCAGAGGCUUCAAACUUUUCUAUGCGUGAACUUGAUGAUGCCCUUUGAUUAGAAACCCGAUCUUUUGCCAGAUGGCUAAAGAAGAAGUUAGACAGACAAAGACAAGGAAAAGAAGAGACUGGGAGUUUGUUGGUCUGU